AUGCCGUCACUUUCUGCAGAUGACAAAGAGGAUGAUAAACCCUCUAACAAUCUCAUUGCACGUUUAUCAAACUUUGCUGACGAUCAUUUGACAAUUGUCCGGAGCAUCAGCACAUGUGUUGGUCUCGCGGGGCUUCUCAUAGUAGCAAGGAGCAUCAGGCUGAUGACAAAAUUCGGCUCCGGCACUGAUAUUCCAGCACGGUUCAUUGAGAGAAAUAUCAGUAUCAGAGGACGACUGAGAAAUAUCACAGAGAAAGGGCUUGAAGUGGAACACAUUCCAAUUGCUGUCCCUUUACUCAGUCGCCUGCUUGCUAAACGUCAGACUGUGGCCCUCCUGGAUGUGCAUUUGGCUGGGGUGGAGCUGACCUCAGAAGGGCACCACUGGAUCGGUCAACAGCUGAGACCCGCUGAGACGGUUUGGCUCCGGCUGAUUGCUCGACAGAAUGAGACCCUCCACUGCCUAGUGUCAGUUAACAAGGGCUCCCUCUUUAACACUUGUGUAAAUGAGGAACUUUUAAGACUUGGUUUGGCUAGGACGUCUCCUCUUGUGGGUCUGGACCCUCACUCUCAGAUUUACUGGAGUCUCUAUAAGCGCUUACUUCGUGCUGAAAGCAAAGCUGAGAAGAAAGGAAAAGGCCUCUGGAAGGAAGAGAGUCGCUGGGAGAGAUUUACUGAUGUCUUGAGGAACAAUAUGCUGCUCGUCUCACUUAAGAAACUCUUCAAAUGGAGAUCUGGCACUAAAAAGAAGUGAAACAUUUCAUUUUCCAAGUUGGUGAUUUGUUCGAUUUAUUUUGCAUUACAUAUUUAUUUUAAAUCAGACAUCUUUCUGAUCUAAGACAUGAAGGAGCUCAAUUAAACCUAUCCAUCCGAGAAUGUGAAUUUCCAUGUGUUAUUCUGCUUACUGCUACUGACACUUGUGAAGAAUGUCUCCUUCAUGUCUUGCUCAUGAAGACAGACUGUCUUUACCCCUGCUGUAAUGGUUGUAGCAUUCUAUAAUCCAUCACGUUAUUCAUGCUGUCUUACACCUGUAGUGUCGGACCCCGUCAUCAUACUCCUGACAACCGGAAAGCCUUUGUACUCUGCCCUCCUCCCAUAAAUCCAUAUCCUACAGACCUCUUGGAUUUCUCUUUCCCUGGGAGAUGGGGGAGUGCUUUGUCACGAUGACAUGGCAGUGGGGGUCUACCAAUGCCCCUGUGGAGAUCCCCAUUACUAUAGAAACAUCACAGUCGGAAGACAAAGUGUAUCAGGGGGGCCUUUCUCAGGGUCCUAAAAGCCGUAGUGCUUGUAGAGCGCACAACAGAGACUACGAGAGGGGGAAAAUGCUUGAAUGCCAGAACUAUUGUAGUUCAGGAUAUUUACACAACACUGUUUUCAACUAAUAAUAUUGGGGGCCUAAAAAAACUCCAAAGUGCACAAAUUAUUUAUUAAAAAUGUUACAUCAUGAAUGUGAAUUUUAGGUUUGUAUUUCGCCCUUUUUUUUUUUUUUAGAAUCUGUGCAGAUGCUUUUUUCUCUACAAAGUAGGGCCAACUGAAUAGUUUUAGUCAUUUUCCAUUUGUGUACACUGCUGUGGUGUAAAUGUACACUCUGUGUUUACUUGCAUUGUCUGUAAAAAAAGAAAAAUGAAACAGCAUUUUUCAAAAAACAUUUUAUGUGAAUUUCACAUGAUUUUAACGUGAUUUCGUGAGGGAAA